CUUGAACUCUGGACCCCCUUUUCUUCAUCUUUUUCUCCAAAAGCUUUCUUCUCAAAUUCUCUCAUCCAUUAGAGGCUUUCAAGUUUCAACAUCCCUUCAUCACUUGUCUCUACUGCAAAUUUCCCAUUUCUCCCUUCUUGGAAGAAAAAUGGGUACUUGUUUUAGCAAGAAGAGCGGUUCUACUUGUGUUUCUGCUCCUCCAGUUACUCCGUCUUCGAACCCCAAGCAAGAAACCAAAUCCCCAAAUCCUCCUCCUCCCCUGGUGAAGAAAUCUGAAGAGGGGACUGUGAAGAAGGAGAUUUUCAUCAUUAAACACCGGAAAAGCCACGAGGUGGAGCGGCGGUCUGAAGAAGAAAAGGGUGAAUCCAAGAAGGCCGCCGCCGAGGUUCUUGAACCGGUAAGGAGCGGUGGGUCGAAUGGCGGGGUGGGUAAGGAGGAUGGGAUAGUGGUCUCAGCUCCGGUGAGGACUUCGAGCUGUACGAAAGAAGAGGUUGACGCUAUAUUGAUCCAAUGUGGGAGACUUAGCCGGAGCUCUUCUACCGGAAAGGCUGCAUUUUCCGGCUCUUCUGAUAAUAAUACUGGGAAUCUCCAGAGGACUAAGAAAUACUCUGGGUCUAAGAGGAGUUACGAUUUUGACAAUGAAAAUGGAGGAGAAAACCCCGAAGAGAAUGGUGGGGAUGGAGAAACAGAGAGAGUCCACCGGCACAGACAACGGGAGCGUCAGCCGAGGGGUAGCGCUAGCCCUUCGUCGUCCCACAGCCGAAGAAGGACGCCCAGUAGGGAAAGAGAGCAGGCAACGCAACAGCAGAGAUCUGGAAGCAGAGAAAGAGGUAGCAGUAAUGGUGGGAGAAGGGUGAGCAGAUCUCCUGGGAGAAGAUCUGAAUCACCCAUAACAGUUGCUUCUGGGAACGGCAAUGGGAGGCCAGGGAAGAUGGUUUCUGUGCCCGCCACUGUUUCAUCUCUGGCAAUGGAUAAGAGCAUUGAUGCUGGUGGGGAGCCCAUUUCAGCUGCCGCCGUCAAGAGGAUUCAGGUGAAGAGAAAUGUGGGUGGUGGUGGUGGUGAUGGUUCAAGAACCGCCGCUUCUCCCCGUGCCCGCUCCCCUGCCAGAACUUCUGCAAAGGAGAACCAGCCCGUAACCCUUAGCCGCAGCAAUUCCAGGAAAGCCGAACACUCUCCUUACAGAAGAAACCCUCUUAGUGAGAUUGACACCAAUGUUGUCAUUGAACCAGUAACAAAGCCUGCCAAAAACACCACACUCUCUCAGGUGCAGAAGAUGAAUGGUGAUAAUAUAAGCAAUGGCAAAGUGCAAGGAGGAACUGGUAACAAGCAGCUGAUAAUGGAGGAGGCUAAAGCAGUCCAAGCACUUGGUGGGAAUGUUGCAGUGAAUGUUGUUGUUCCAGGAUCUGAAAGCCUUAAACCACAGGGAGUAACAAGAAGCAGGUCGUCUAGGUUGUCUCGUGACUUAGACCUUAACCCUGAAGCUCUAUUAAACUCAAAUUCGACCCAAAACUAUACAGCAUUAUUGCUUGAAGACAUCCAAAACUUCCACCAAAAGAACACCCCUAACGCCCCAGCUUUUAGCCUCCCAGCUUGUGUCACCAAGGCCUGCUCGAUUCUUGAGGCCGUGGCUGACCUCAACUCCAGCACUAGCUCCAAUCUCACCGAGGACAGAAGAAGAAACUUCACGUCGGAGCAGUUUGUCAAGAACGAUAAUACAGUAAACCCUCCUGGAAAGAAGAGGUUAGGGGUGAAAGAUCCAUUCAUGGAGUCUGAGGUAGCUGUGGGUGAUGAUUUAAUGGAGCCUAGCAUUCACAAGUAUGUCACCACGAGAAGGGGGAAUGUUGAAGGGGGUGACACCGAAGAUCAAGAAUCCUCAGGAAGCAACAGCUUUGUGAGCGGUCAGCCUCAUUGGCUUUCGCCUUCCUCCUGGGAACCAAAUUCUAGCGACACAACUUCAAGGUCUUAUUACAGCAGGGAUGAUAACCUGAGCCCAUUAGGCUUUCAGAGGAAUGUUGUUUCUGAGCCAAGCCACGAAAUGGCUGCAAAAAAGAGGGAUCUUAAGAAUCAGCAAACUGGAAUAGGAGGGCAUGGCAGAGUUGGACCCAGAGGCCUCCAUGUAUCACCUAUGGCAGCCACAAGUUGAACAUCUGUUAGAGUUUUAGCUGUGCUUUGGUUUGAGAAUAUAUUUGUGUUUGUGCUUUGCAAACUUGCAACUCGGGUUGCUCUUUCAAGGGAUUGGUUAGGUAGAUCGAACCGGUUAUUGUUCUUUGUAUAACUGGAAAUCAAUGAACAUGUCAGUUUCAAUCA